CAGGACACCCACUAGGAGGCGCGCGCGCGAGGAACUCUGUGGGUGCAGAGGCGCGAUGGACGGGGAGGCCGGGGGGGCGCCGGAGGUGCACAGGUCCCCGGCUCCCAGGGACUUCCACUUCUGUCCCACGGAUCUGUAUGACUCCGAAGGCCGGCUGCGGCUCUUCCCAGAAGAACACACGCGGACGGGAAGACAAGUGCCCGCCGAAAUGACCGGCGAGCCCGGGGGGGCGGCCCCAGGUAAGGCCCAGAGCGACCUGGAGGAGGAGGUGCAGGAGCUUGUGGAUUUGUACGCGCUUGGAGGUGGUGGCGAGUGGGGCGCGGAGCUCGUGGAUGGAAGCGCGCCGCGCGUGGAGGUCUCGGAACCCCGGCUGCACCUGUCCUCGGCGGGGGCGCAGAGGGACUGGCGGCUGGGCGCCGAGGCCGAGGACCCGGGCUGCUUGGGCUGGGGCGCGGCCGGCCGGGACCUGCGGGAAGCCUACAGGUACGCGCACGGCCGGGCCAGCGAGGAGUACGAGUGCUACGUCAUCCCCGAGGAGGAGGACGAGGACGAAGCCGCCCUGGUCUUCUGUGUCACUUGCAAAGCCCCAGUAAGGGCGUGCGAGGUUUCGGAUGCGCACGGAGAGCAUGAGGUGACCCCCCUCAGCAAGGCCCUGGAAAGCGCCAAGGACGAAAUUCACAAAAACAUGUUCAAACUGGAAAAGCAGAUUAUCGAGAUGGAGAAUUUUGCAAAUCACUUGGAGGAGGUUUUCAUCACCGUGGAGGAGAACUUUGGAAGACAGGAACAAAAUUUUGAGUCACAUUUCAAUGAGAUUUUGGAAACACUUGCUCAAAAAUAUGAAGAAAAAAUACAAGCUCUCGGAGAGAAAAAGAAAGCGAAGUUGGAAGCCUUGUAUGGACAACUGGUCAGCUGUGGGGAAAACCUGGAUACUUGUAAGGAACUCAUGGAAACCAUAGAGGAGAUGUGUCACGAAGAGAAGGUCGACUUCAUAAAGGAUGCUGUGGCUAUGGCUGACAGACUGGGAAAAUUCUUGAAUACAGAAACAGACGUGGAAAUCUCUGCGCAGCCUGACUUUGAAGACCAGACCUUGGACUUCUCUGAUGUGGAGCAGCUAAUGGGCUCCAUUAACACCAUCCCAGCUCCUUCUGCUCCAGUGAUAAACCCACAGGCCCCCAACUCGGCCACGGGCUCCUCUGUCCGCGUGUGCUGGAGUUUGUACUCUGACGACACGGUGGAGAGCUAUCUGCUGUCCUACCGGCCGGUGCAGGACGGCUCGCCUGGGAAGGACCAAGCAGAGUUUACAAUGACUGUCAAAGAAACAUAUUGCUCAGUGAGAAAUCUUGUGCCAAACACCCAGUAUGAAUUUUGGGUCACAGCUCAGAACAGGGCCGGCCGCAGCCCCGCCAGUGAGCGUGCAAUGUACAUGACAGCCCCCUCCCCUCCCGUUAUAAAAAGCAAAGAGAUACGGAGCUGCGAAGAGGCUGCACUGAUCUGCUGGGAGUCUGGGAACCUGAAUCCCGUGGACUCGUACACAGUGGAGCUGACCCAGGCGGAAAGUCCUGAAGCCUCGGGAGUAACUGAGUCGGUCGUGGGCAUCCCGACCCGCGAGGCCUUGGUGCAGCUGCAGCCCAGGCAGCGCUAUACCAUCUACGUGCGAGCCCUCAGCGUGGGGGGCCCCAGUGCAAGGAGCGACCCCGUGACCGUCUGCACCACAGGCAGCUUCUUCCACCUGAACCAGCACACCUGCCAUCCCGGGCUGACCAUUUCUGAAGAUGGGUUUACGGUCGUGCGGAGCGAAAGGAAAACCCCAGCAAAGGAGCCGCUCCCUGGCAACACCCGGUUUACCAGGUGUGUUGCCGUCAUGGGGAAUCUCAUUCCAAUCCGAGGGCGCCAUUACUGGGAGGUGGAGGUGGACGAGAGGUCCCACUACACGGUGGGUGUGGCCUUUGAAGAUGUCCCUAAACAAGAGGACCUGGGAGCAAACUGCCUGUCUUGGUGCAUGAGGCACAGACUUGCAUCAUCACGGCAUAAGUAUGAGUUCCUGCACAACGGGACGACUCCAGAUAUAAGAAUAACUGUCUCCCCGAGGAAGAUCGGCAUUCUGCUAGACUAUGAAAAUUCAAAAUUGUCAUUUUUCAAUGCGGACAUUUCUCAGCAUCUGUACACGUUUAGUUGUCAGCUUCACCAAUUUGUGCAUCCCUGUUUUUCUUUGGAAAAGCCUGGGUGUCUGAAGAUACAUAAUGGCAUUUCAAUGCCAAAGCACGUCACUUUCUACUAGACCAUUCUGAUGCCAGCU